AUUAUGGCAUGCUUUUUCCAAGAAAAUCAGAAGAAGAAAAUUUGGUGUGCAACUUUUUCUUGGUAUCCAUUGACUUGCAUGAGUCAAUGGGUCUUUCUAUCACUUAAAAUAAAGAGUCUUUUCUGAACAAAUGGCAGUUCUGUUGAUCAUAAGAAUUUCCUUAAAGCUUGAAGUAGCAGACAAGGCAGGUAGCAGACAAAUGGCAGUUCUCCAUUUCUUACCCCUUUUUUUGGCACUGAAUCUUUGAAUAAAUUCAUUUGCAAAAUCUUUUUAUAGUCAAGUUAUAAGUUUUUGGUGAAGCUCAUACCUUAAUCAGCUGUGGGAUUCUUCAUUCUUGCUUUUAUUCAUUAAAUAAGGAAUGAGCUUUAGCAGUGAUAUUGAGCCAAGGUCUAUCGGAAAGAGCCUCUCUCUACCUUCACAAGUAGUGGGAAAGCUGAGGCUGAGCAUAUAUAGAACUCUUUCUUCCAAGAUUUGUCGAAAUCCGAAAUAGUGAAUAGAUUGUUGGAGUAGAGACAAUAUAUUGAACACAAAAGAACUUGCAUAGCUUUUACAGAUUUAGUGAUCAAGUCAGGAGAACAAGUGUCAUUUCAAUUUGAUACUUUUAUUGUGAUGGCGGAGUUGGUUCCAAUUGGGACUAUUUUAGCUGUGAUUAGCAGUCAAGUAAUGAAAACAGCUCUAGCUGCGAACGAUGUAUUAUUUGAGAAGGAGAGUUUUAAGGUUCUGGGAAAUUACCUUUUGGACAUUGAGCCUGUCUUGAAAGAAUUGCAGUUACAAAAGUUAAACGAUUCGCCUGCUGCAAGGCAAGCUUUAGAAUCCCUUGAAGCUGAUUUAAAGAAGGCUAAUGACUUGGUCGAAAAAUACAAAAACCGAGCCCGUUUUUACUUGCUAGUCAAGUGUAGGAACAUUGUCAAGGAGGUACAGGAUGUUACGAGGGACAUUGGAAAAUCUUUAGCCGCACUAUCCCUUGUCAACAUUGAAGUCUUGUCGGGGAUUUCAGAAGAGGUAAAUAGGCUGCAGAAUGAGAUGCAAAGAGCUAACUUUGAGGCUUCUCAGUCGUGUCUCCAAAUUGUUAACAAGUUAAACCAAGGUCUAUCCGAUCAGAUACACGAUCAGGAAUUUGCUAACAAUAUUCUCAACGAAAUAGCAAGGGCUGCUGGCGUACCAGUGGAGCCUGCAGAGAUAACGAAAGAGCUAGAUAAUUUCAAGAAAGAGAAAGAAGAAGCUGCUUACCGGAAAGAGAGAGCUGAAGUCUUAUUUCUGAAUCAAGUUAUUGAGCUGCUCUCUCGAGCCGAUGCUGCACGAGAUUAUGAGGAAGUCAGAAGCCAGUACUUCCAGAGAGUUAGCAUUAUAGAAGGAUAUGACCCUAAAGAAGAAUAUAUUCAGCCAUUUAAAGCUUUAUUUUGUUGUAUAACUGGAACUAUAAUGGUAGAUCCUGUAAGCCUAUGCACGGGUACUGCCUGUGAACGAGCGUCUCUCCAAGCCUGGUUCGAUUCAGGGGAGAAAACUGAUCCCGAAACAGGUGAAGAACUGCAGGAUUUAUCGUUCAGGCCGAACCUCCAAUUGAGACAGUUAAUCGAGGAGUGGAAAGAGCUCAACUAUUGCAUCAAAAUCAGGGCUUGCAAGGGGAAAUUGCUUUCUGAAGUGGAUGCAUUAAUUGAGGAGUCUCUUGUGCAAAUGCAAGAACUUAUGAAAGAAAACUCAAUAAAUAAAGAAUGGGUGACAAUCGGGGGACUCACCAAAAUUGUCAUCUCUAAGCUUGGCAGCUUGCAUAAAGGAUAUCUGCAAGAUAAAGCGAUGGUUUCAUUGAAGGAAGCUGUAGAAGGGCAUGCUAGAAACAAGGAUGUAUUCGUUGAGAACCAGGGGCUUGAGAAUGUUGUGACAUGCUACGGAACAGACUCAACCAUUUCAGGCGCUGCAAUUGAGCUGAUAUAUGAGGUUCUACAAGAUCGGCCUGGUUGGAACUUGGCUUAUUGCCAGAUGCUUUCUCAGCAGUCCAAUGCAAUCUUGCUUCUCGUCUCUUUUCUCAAAAGUCAGGCUGGGCCAUUAGCUGAGAAAGUAGAAGAAAUCUUGGCUAAGCUUUGUGAUGAGGAAGAAGAGAACAUUGUUAAGGCUGCUCGAGAGGGAUGGUAUGGACCACUUAUUGAUAGGUUGCAUCAUG